GGAAACGGGAGCACGCCACGUGAAAGUAGGAAGGGGAGGCUAUAGCCGGCCCGACGUCGCUUCGUGCGCCUCAGUCGUUCGUGGACCUCGAAGGACGAUAGAGGUCGAAGAGGUCUCGCUUCCUCCUCUCCUGACCUUCUCGCACGCUCUUCCUACCGAGCCUUUUCUUCGCGCGGUUUUCUUCUUCCUUUUCUUCCUCUCUUUCUUCUUCUUCUUCACCUUCGCGCUCAUCUCUGCUCCACUCUCGUACGACCUCGGUCUCGACAAUAAUAAAAUAAUCAUCCGUUGGAGCCCAAGGACUCCUCGCCUGCGCGGGGAUAUCGUUUCGUGAAGUCGCCGCAUCGGCAACAUCGUGAUAAUAGACCAGAAGAUAUUAGCGGAAGAAUGCGCCGUCAACUUUCGCUCGUCCUCGGGAUCGUCCUGCUGGGCUGUCUUCAAGAUUAUGCAUCCGGUGCAUGUCCCAGAGUGUGCCCACCGAGCGGCGAACCCGUUUGCGGCAGCGACGGUGUCAUAUACGCGUCGCAGUGCGAAAUGCGGAAGAAGAUGUGCGGAAAAGGCGUUACCGUGGUCACGGAGAAGACUGCUUGCCUGAGGUCAUCCGGUAGCAAGUGCGAGCACCGCUGCCCAGGCGAUCAGGAUCCGGUGUGCGGCACCGACGGACGUACCUAUCUGAACAAGUGCAUGCUCAGGGUGGAGAUCUGCCGGGUCGGGAUCGAGCUGUCCCACCUCGGGCCGUGCAACAAUAUUUCGGCCCACCGGGAGAACUGCCCGGUAUCGUGCGACUACGCGCCGCUCGAUGGACCGGUUUGCGGAAGCGACGGAAACGUCUACAAGUCCACGUGUCAGAUGAAGCUGCUCACCUGCGGGCAAGGCGUCGUGCGUACGAAUAAGAAGCACUGCCAGACCACAAGACAUUGUCGUGAAUCGUGCUGGCGUGGUGCCAAGCCUGCCUGCGGUAGCGACGGCAUUUUGUACUCGAACACCUGCAAAAUGCGGGCGAAGAACUGCGGCAAACACGUCUUUGAAGUGCCGAUGUCAUUCUGCGUAUCUCGGGAACGGACGUCCGGAAGCAACGCGUGUCCCUUGGAUUGCAAAAACGAGCCGGAAGUAUCAGUCUGCGGAUCGGAUGGGAAUAUAUACAGAAACGAGUGUGAGAUGCAAAUGCUAAACUGCGGGCAUGCAAGAAGAAAGGUAACGGUAGUUGACUUCGAGAAGUGUCGAUCUCGGCUAACGAAAUGCAUGAAGCAACAGCUGAGAUGCGGAAGCGAGGUGGAUCCGGUUUGCGGUAGCGACGCGAAUACUUAUCCAAAUCAGUGCCAUUUGAACGUAGCGGCUUGCUUAAAGGGUAUCCAAACGGCUCACGUUGGCGAGUGCACGACCUUGAAGGAGACCGAACAGUGCCCCGAAGAUUGCGCCGAAGUACCCGAGGAACCAGUUUGUGGAAGCGACGGCAACGUUUAUCGGUCCCUCUGCCAUCUGCGGCGCGAGACUUGCGGCCAGAGGGUGGUUCAAGUUCCGGCGCAACAUUGUCGCACCACCGCGCUCUGCAACCAAAUCUGCAGCGGGGAACGUCAGUUUGUUUGCGGCUCCGAUAACAAGCUGUAUCGCAACGAGUGCGAGAUGAAGAGGGACAAUUGCGGGAAACACGUGUACGUGGUACCUAUGAAGAGAUGCGUCCAAGGUUUCCUGUUCCGCGGUUGUCAAAAAAUCUGUCCGCCUUAUUACGAUCCCGUUUGCGGCACCGACGGUAUGACGUACAGUAACGAGUGCUUUUUGGAAAUCGAGAACUGCCGCAGCAGGAGUCUCGUCACGAAAAAGUAUCACGGAGUCUGUGGCCAGCCAACGGAGGAGCCGAAAAAUUAUCUCUACUAAAUUCAACCGAGAGAGGGAGAGAGAAAAGUCGAGAAAAAAAAAUCACUCGACGAGAUGAUCUGAUACUUUGUAUCUUUCAGAAUCGGGAAAAAUGAUAAUUGCUGUACAUUCAUUUCGUGUCGUCGUGAAUCUCGAAGUCAUUCAAUUAUCGUUCGGCUACAAAUUCGACUGCGAAUUCCCGAUCGAGAUUUUCCUUUUUAUACGAGUGAAUUUAUCAUUCGCAAUUCUUGACACGCCAACCAGAUAUACACUGACAAAAAGAAUCUGUUAACUUGGCUAAACCUUUUAACUGAAUAUUAUUUUGUUAAUUAAACAUAUAAAAAUAUUUAAA